AUGGCUCCCCGCUCCCUACUCCCUACUCUCUACACCCUACUCCCUGCUCCCUGCUACUCCCUACUCCCUGCUCCCUACUCACUACUGUCUGCUCCCUACUCCCUACUUUCUACACCCUACUCCCUACUCUCUACACCCUACUUCCUGCUCCCUGUUCCCUGCUACUCUCUACUCCCUGCUCCGUACUCCCUACUCACUACUGUCUGCUCCCUGCUCCAUACACUCUACACCCUACUCCCAGCUCUCUACACCCUACUUCCUGCUCCCUGUUCCCUACUCCCUACUCCCUACUGUCUGCUGCCUACUCUCUACACCCUAUUCCCUGCUCUCUACACCCUACUCCCUGCUCACUACUCCCUAUUCCCUACUCUCCACUCCCUACUCCCUGCUUCCUACUCCCUACUGUCUGCUCCCUACUCCCUACUUUCUACACCCUACUCCCUACUCUCUACACCCUACUCCCAGCUCUCUACACCCUUCUUCUUGCUCCCUGUUACCUACUCUCUGCUCCCUACUCCCUACUCACUACUGUCUGCUCCCUACUCUCUACACCCUACUCCCUACUCUCUACACCCUACUCCCUGCUCUCUACACCCUACUCCCUGUUCUCCACUCCCUGCUCACUAUUCCCUACUCCCUGCUCUCUACUCCAUGCUCCCCGCUCCCUACUCUCUACUCCCUACUCACUACUGUCUGCUCCCUACUCCCUACUUUCUACACCCUACUCCCUGUUCUCUACUCCCUAUUUCCUGCUCGCUAAUCCCUGCUCUCUACUCCCUACUCUCUACACCCUACUCCUCCCUGCUCCCUACUCCCUGCUCUCUACACCCUACUCCCUGCUCACUACUCCCUAUUCCCUACUCUCUACACCCUACUCCCUGUUCUCCACUCCCUGCUCACUAUUCCCUACUCCCUGCUCUCUACUCCAUGCUCCCCGCUCCCUACUCUCUACUCCCUACUCACUACUGUCUGCUCCCUACUCCCUACUUUCUACACCCUACUCCCUGUUCUCUACUCCCUAUUUCCUGCUCGCUAAUCCCUGCUCUCUACUCCCUACUCUCUACACCCUACUCCUCCCUGCUCCCUACUCCCUGCUCACUACUCCCUACUCCCUGCUCACUACUCCCUAUUCCCUGCUCCCUACUCCCUACUCUCUACACCCUACUCCCUGCUCCCUACUCCCUACUCUCUACAUAG